GUAGCUAGCUAGAUUUCAUGGGUGCGAAAGCGAAAGCUUGGAGGCAACACACAAACAAUAUAUUUCUUUUGAAUGAGUUGGUAACAUGACUACUGAAAAGAAGAAAUAUUCUGUAGAAAGCAAAGUUUUAUAUCAACCUGAAAGUACAGCCUUGUGCACAAUAUUAAACGAUGGUUUGAAAAAGAACUUCCAGCAUGUUGUGGUUGCAGAAGUUGAUUGUCCAGACCUGACAGAAUCACCUUGGUGUCUUGCUGCCAAAGGAAUUUGUGGCUCACCAAAGUUAUUGGAUGUUGGUGGAGUUCCCAAUUUAAUUCCAACGCCUAGAAAAGAAAAAAUCUAUCGCUUUGACGAAUUAGCUGAAAUGGCAGGCAAUCAGGAUGCAUAUUUUCUUGGUGCAGGGGCAGCUGGCUUUCAUAUCUUAGGUGGAAAUGCGGAGAUGAUGGCUAAUUUACGUUUAGGUAAAGAAGAAUGUAUUGAAACGUACGUUGCAAGUGUAAAUAAAGAGGGAGAAUGUGACCUAAAAAAGUUCCCUGAAAAGGAAUUCGGUUUGUUGGGAAAUUUUCUGGCAUCUGAAGGUUUACAAGGUAAGGUAAUAAAGAUCUGUGCAAAAACGCGUAUUGGUGAAGAUAAUUUUAUUCAGUCUAUUAGAAAUGUGUCGAAGGAGGCUUUUCCCAAUAAUAUGAUUGGCCUGGGUGGCGUUUUUAUGAUAAAAUCUGGAAAAGCAAGACUUCACGUCAUGCCAUGCUUUUCUGAAAGUCCAUUAAUAACAGACGAAGAUGUAGAAAAUUGGUUGAAAUUUUAUGAAAUGUCCUCACCUCUUAUUUGUCUUAGUGUAUUUUACAAUUAUGAUGAGGGCAUGGACUUACGAAUAGAUCACACACAUUGCUUUAGCCAUCAUGGUGAAGGCGGUCAUUACCAUCAUGACACAACACCAUCGGCAGUUGAAUAUGAAGGUUAUUUCGUUGUAGCCGAAGAGCUUUUGCGUGUAGACCGUCCAAAACAGACUCAUUCUGUGGGAAGGGAUUAACAUUUUUAUUGUCUAGUGAUAUAAUUAUUCUUUUAAAUGAGAUUAUGUGCUA